AUGUUGUCGACUGCUUUCGAAUUUGCAAAGCGUCACAAAGCGAAAAUAAUUGCAGGUAGUGUGUUGUUAGGCGGCGCAAUUGCCUAUACACUUGGCGUAGAUAAACAGAAGGAAUUUGAGAGACCACAUUUGCAAAAUGAAUUACCAAUUCAAGCUCGUCGUCAUUAUAUAUUCGAUGCAACACACAGAUCUUGCGAUCAAUCUAUAACCGAUCUAAUUCCAUCAAUAACGACACAAAUUGAGGCUCGAUUCAAUCUUGAGCAAAUUCGGAAAAAGUUAGAUGACCCUGAAUUAAAAAUCGAAAACAAAUUUCCCCUUUGGGAAACUUUAUUGAAAAACACGCUUUCGCGUAUGAUCUGCGUUGCUUAUGGCUUCUCAAUGCUUACGUUAACUUUGAAAGCGCAAAUCUCGAUUCUUGCGGGAGAAACGUGCGCCAAUUUGGAAAGCCGGACUGUAGCUAACUCAUGGUACGAUUAUCUUCCUCAAUUUUUGAAAAGUGAGCAACCUACUGUGAGCAAAGCAGUAAACGUUGAUAAUGCGGAAGAAAUUUCAAACCGACGGAUUUUUCUUCAAUGCAUCCAAUACUUCACUCUUAAAGGUAUUCCAUUGCUCAUGGAAACCGUGGCAAAGGCAGUUUCUGAGGAGCUAACGUGUUGGAAUAUGAUGGAUGUAAAGUCAAAGGAUGACGUGCGUCAAUUUUUUGACAAUGUUUCUUUCAAAGUUGGAACACAAAAUAUGUUCCGUAAACUUGUAGCGCCGAUCGAUUCCGACAUGGAUCAGUCUUCCAGCAUCAUCCAUCUUCUUAAGAAACUGACAUCGGUGUUAGAAUCUGAUACGAGUAUUCACAUAUUUAACAGUCUUCUUGAUUUCUACUACUCUGCUGCGUUGAAGAUGGUGGAAAAUUGGGAGCAACCUGUCAUAAGAUAUUGCCCAGCAUUUGCCAAUGCAUAUCCCGUUCUCACAUCAACAGCAUUUGAUAGCCCGUUGUUUAAUUCGCUCUAUUCUUCUGACGUCCACAAGUUUGCAGUUCAUGUUUUCAAUACGUAG